CAGUGCCUGGUUGAAGAUGGGGUCCCAGGUCUCGGUGGACACGGGAGGAAGUCUGCACGUGGUGGUUGUGGGCGGGGGCUUUGGUGGGAUUGCUGCCGCCAGCCAGCUGCAGUCGCUGAACAUCCCCUUCAUGAUGGUGGACAUGAAAGACUCCUUCCAUCACAAUGUGGCCGCCCUCCGGGCCUCCGUGGAGAGUGGAUUUGCCAAAAAGACAUUCAUUUCCUAUGCGGAGACCUUCAAGGAAAACUUCCGACAGGGCCUGGUGGUCGAGAUAGACAUGAAGAAUCAUACGGUGCGGCUGGAGGAUGGCGAGGCCCUGCCCUUCUCACACCUUAUCCUGGCCACGGGCAGCACUGGGCCCUUCCCGGGCAAGUUUAACCACGUUUCCAGCCAGCAGGUCGCUAUCCAGGCCUACGAGGACAUGGUGAAGCAGGUGCAGCGUUCACAGUUCAUCACCGUGGUAGGCGGCGGCUCUGCGGGCGUGGAGAUGGCAGCCGAGAUUAAAACAGAAUACCCCGAGAAAGAGGUCACUCUCAUCCACUCCCAAAUGGCCCUGGCUGACAAGGAGCUGCUGCCCUGUGUCCGGCAGGAAGUGAAGGAGAUCCUGCUCCGGAAAGGCGUGCAGCUGCUGCUGAGUGAGCGGGUGAGCAACCUGGAGGCGCUGCCUGUCAAUGAGUAUCGAGAAUACAUCAAAGUGCAGACCGACAAAGGCACGGAGGUGGCCACCAACCUGGUGAUUGUCUGCAAUGGUAUCAAGAUCAACAGCUCGGCCUACCGCAGUGCCUUCGAGAGUCGACUGGCCAGCAAUGGGGCUGUGAGGGUGAACGAGCACUUCCAGGUGGAGGGCUGCAGCAAUGUCUAUGCCAUUGGUGACUGUGCUGACGUGAAGGAGCCCAAGAUGGCCUAUCACGCAGGCCUCCACGCCAACAUCGCCGUGGCCAACAUCGUCAACUCCAUGAAGCAGAGGCCCCUCAAGGCCUAUAAGCCAGGUGGGCUGACGUUCCUGCUGUCCAUGGGGAGAAACGAUGGUGUGGGCCAGAUUAGUGGCUUCUACGUGGGGCGGCUCAUGGUUCGGCUGGCCAAGAGCCGGGACCUGUUCGUCUCCACAAGUUGGAAAACCAUGAGGCAGUCUCCACCCUGAUGGGGAGGCUGCUGGGAGCCAAGGCACUGGGGCCAGGUGACUGGAUCGCUUGACGAAGGGCACCUGCCUGACAAGUGCCAGGGGCAAAUGCUCUUGUUGUGGAGUAAGAUGCCAAUGAUGUACUCACCAGAAACAACCCAUCUAAAACCAAAAGAGAGAGAGAGAGAGAGAGAGAGAGAGAGAGAGAGGGAGGGAGGGAGGGAGAGAAAGAGAGAGGGGUCACUUGGUCCUGGGGAGUUCACAGCCACCCUUCUCUAUAGCCAGGCUCCUCUUAGAUGCAUGUGUGUGAGCACGUGGUGUGUGUGCAUGUGUGUGUGCAUGCUUGUGCCAUCCAGAGCUCUCAGAGUAGGAGAGCUGGGUCUCCCAGUGGCUGAUGUCCUGUGUGUUAGGGCAGGAAGGAGUCUGAAGGAGCCUGCACAGAGACCUGCUAGGAAUGGGAGCUGCUGUGGAGAGAUGGCCUGCACCCCAGGCCCCCCUAUCACAGCAGAGGUGCAGGGGUGGGGAAGCAUACAUCCCCUGCAAAACCCAUGUUGUUAAUAGAAGACUAAUUUUAAACUAUUCAUUCCUACAGUCUUUCACCAUCAUGGUACUUUCUAUAUUUCUAUCUUUAGGUCCUGAUUAUAUACCAUAGGUUACAUUUAAGAUAAAAGAGUUGGAUAUAAAAUUUCCUUCCUGCUUAGUCCAUCCCAAGAGAGUGAGUUUCCACAAAACUAAUAGGGAUUAGCACUGGCCUGCCAGCCCGUGGAGAUGGCUUGCCAUUGAACUGACAUUUGGGGAAUGGGGGGGCGUCCAGCAGGUGAACCCCUACUUGCUUCCAGGCCACUGUCAUGGGCAAAUCUGCAAGCGACAGAACUUUAGUUGAUGCUGGGGGGUGGGGAGGAGGGUCCUGGGGGUACCAUUGUGGCUUUCCAGGCUAACCCCAAUGUCACUUACCUUGAGGUCCAGCCACGUGGACCAUCACCAGCUCAGCUAAGGUACAGAGAUGACUCCAGAGAGAACUUCCAUUGGGGGGUGAGGGGGAGCCUGUUUUGGACCCCAUAGUUUAAAUCUCUAUCGCAGAGGUGGUUGAUGAGUUCAUCUGAAUAAAUGCAGGUACUGCCUUUGCCCACCCUCCCCACUUUUGAUGGCAACCCAAGUACUUGCCAGAGUCCUGGAUACCAGCCUCCCUGGGGUUCUCAGUCUGUCCUGUCCGGGCAGGGGCCUGUAUUUUGCCCAGGCCUCCCAUCCUGUGGGCCCAGGCCAAUGAGGCACCACACUUGGUACCUGCAAAAUGAGGCCACUCUGGUGCUGCCUAACCUGAGGCCUAGCACUGAGGGAGCCUCAGUCCUUUGGUGAUAGGGCCUCUUCUGUUGAUAACUUUCUAGAAGUAUCUAUCCAUGGGGACAUGGCUUUCCAAACAGAGGAAAAUGUGGUAAUAAAAGAAUAUGUUAUAAGAAAGACACUGGAUCUUUUAUUUUUUCUUUUGUUUUCUUUUUC